AUGACUGAACCUCCAACAUCGACUGAACCGUUAACAACGACUGAGCCUACAACCACAAUCACAACUGAACCUCCAACAACGACUGAACCUCCAACAACGACUGAACCUCUAACAACAACUGGGCCUACAACCACAAUCACAACUGAACCUCCAACAACGACUGAACCUCUAACAACAACUGAGCCUACAACCACAAGCACAACUGAAUCACUGACAACAACCACAACUGAACCUCCGACAACGACUGAACCUCUAACAACAACCACAACUGAGUCAACCACAACUGAACCACAAGCAACAACCACAACUGAACCUCCAACAACAACCACAACUGAAUCUCCAACCACCACAACUGAACCACUAAUAACCACCACAACUGAACCACUAACAACAACUGAGCCUACAACCACAAGCACAACUGAAUCACUGAUAACAACCACAACUGAACCUCCAACAACGACUGAACCUCUAACAACAACCACAACUGAGUCAACCACAAAUGAACCACAAACAACAACCACAACUGAACCUCCAACAACAACCACAACUGAAUCUCCAACCACCACAACUGAACCACUAACAACCACCACAACUGAACCACUAACAACAACUGAGCCUACAACCACAAGCACAACUGAAUCACUGACAACAACCACAACUGAACCUCCAACAACGACUGAACCUCUAACAACAACCACAACUGAGUCAACCACAAAUGAACCACAAACAACAACCACAACUGAACCUCCAACAACAACCACAACUGAACCUCCAACAACGACUGAACCUCUAACAACAACCACAACUGAGUCAACCACAACUGAACCACAAGCAACAACCACAACUGAACCUCCAACAACAACCACAACUGAAUAUCCAACCACCACAACUGAACCACUAACAACCACCACAACUGAACCACUAACAACAAGCACAACUGAAACACAAACAACAACCACAACUGAACCUCAAACAGCAAUAACUACUGAACCUCUAGUAACAACCACAACUGAAUCUGCAACCACCACAACUGAAUCUCCAACCACCUCAACUGAACUUCUAACAACAACCACAACUGAGCCAACCACAACUGAACCACAAACAACAACCACAACUGAACUAACAACAACCACAACUGAACUAACAACAACCACAACCCAACCUCCAACAACCACAACCCAGCCUACAACAACGUCUACGACCGCCAGCUCAGAGGCAGCAAUCAAUGUAACAGAACUGAAUUCCAGUGAGGAUACCUCUACAGCCUACACAGACGUGACCACAGCGGCCCCUCCCACAGGUAACACAACAUUCACAGGUAUCAUCCCCGACAGAGAUAACAUAAAAUUCACAGAAACCAACCCUCACAGGUAA